AUGGCAGGACGGUGGACGGUGUUGAUGCCUUUGGUGCUGCUUGUGUGGAUCGUUUGCUGCAACUGGGCGCAAGCCGCAUCACCGUAUCCGUAUGGCGCUAACAUGACACGGAUCUUAUGCAUCAUGUGGAGUUCUUCGACGAGAACAAAGAUGGCAUUAUUACUAUUACGGAGAGUAUCAAAGCCUGGAAAAAUACCGACCACUAACAUCCAUGUGUCCCACAUCCACGGAGCAGUGCAUCCAAGUGACACGGGUGCCUAUGACAAGAGGGGAAAUUUUGUCCCCAAAAAUUUCGAGAAGAUAUUCCAGAAGUUUGCUCGCAGCGAGGAGGACGCCUUGUCGUGGUUGGAGGUAGAGACGAUGCUGGUUGCAAACCGGGACUUACUCAAACCUCUCUCAUGGCCGGCAGCUGAGACCGAAUGGCAGCUGAUCCACUUCCUGGGCAAGGACAGGCACGGGUACCUCCACAAGGACACCGUGAGGGGCAUCUAUGACGGGAGCGUGUUCCCCAAGCUGCGCGACCACAAGAUCGACCCUCACAGCGACGCAUGA